AUGUCCCUCGCAAGCAGACACAUUGGAACAUCGCUGCGCGUUAUACAUUCGGCGCGCGCCGCAGCUAGCGCAUCUCGCUACCUCUCAUCACCCUCUACCUCCCGGCUCAUCCGUCCACCACGCACCACCGUCGCUCCCGCUACUCUUGGAGCCGUUCGUUUCUAUGCACAGGGCCCGCCAGGAGGAGGUGGUGGAUUCCCUCCAGGAGGCUUCCCCCACCGUGGCUUCCCUCAGCAGCCUCAACAGCAAGGACCGCAGAAAGGCGAUACUCUGAAGCAGUUCUCAAUCGACCUCACGGAGAUGGCGAAGGAAGGCAAGCUCGACCCUGUCAUUGGCCGCGACGACGAGAUUAGGCGAAUGAUUCAAAUUCUCGGCAGGCGAACGAAAAACAACCCCGUCAUCCUCGGUAACGCUGGUGUCGGCAAAACGGCCAUUCUCGAAGGACUGGCACAGCGUAUUGUAAACAAUGAGGUUCCCGAAUCGUUGGAAGGGAAGAAGCUCCUUCAAAUCGACCUGGGCAUGCUCAUGGCGGGCACUGGUGUCCGCGGAGAGUUUGAGAGCCGCUUCAAGGCUCUUCUCAAGGACAUUGACGAGCAGGCCGACGAAAUUAUCUGUUUCAUUGACGAAAUCCACACCCUCUUGAACCUGGGCAAGGCUGAAGGGUCGCUCGAUGCUGGAAACAUGAUCAAGCCCGCACUCGCCCGCGGUCUCCAGCUGGUGGGUGCCUCGACGCUUGACGAGUACCGUAAGACCAUCGAAAAGGACCCGGCACUCCAGCGCCGUUUCCAGCCGGUCAUUGUCAACGAGCCCAGCGUCGACGCCACCGUCUCCAUCCUCCGCGGCCUCAAGUCUCGCUUUGAGGCCCACUUUGGUGUGCAGAUUGCCGACUCUGCCCUCGUGACUGCGGCCGUCUACUCGAACCGUUACAUCUCGGACCGGUACCUUCCCGACAAGGCCAUCGACCUCGUCGACGAGGCCUGCUCGUCCCUCAAGCUUGCGCAGGAGAGCCGUCCUCCCGCCCUCGAGGCCCUUGACCGCGAGAUCAUGACUCUUGAAAUCGAACGCGAGUCGCUCAAGAAGGAGACCGACGCCUUCUCGGUCGGCCGCCGCGACAAGGUGGACGUUGAGCUUAUCGACAAAAAGGACGAGCAAAAGCGCAUGACUGAGACGUGGAAGCGGGAGCGUAGCCGCGUCGACGAGAUCAAGGACAUUAAGAUGCAGCUCGAAAGCGCCGGCAUUGAUCUCGAGAAUGCCCAGCGCCAAGGUGACUUUGAAAAGGCCUCUCGCCUCCGCUACUCGACCAUCCCGGCCCUGCAGAAACGCCUCCCCAAGGCCGAGGCGGAGCUUGACGCCGAGGCCGCGGAGCAUCCCGACCUUGUUGUUCGCGACAAGGUCACGUCCGAGGACAUUGCUGUCGUUGUCGGCAAGGCCACGGGUAUCCCCGUGUCGUCGCUGCUCAAGGGCGAGCGCGAGCGUCUCAUCCACAUGGAGGACUCACUCAGGAACCGUGUUGUCGGCCAGGACGACGUCAUCCGUCGCGUCGCCAACGCCAUCCGCCUCUCGCGUGCAGGCCUCCAGUCGCCGUCGCGCCCUCUGGCGUCCUUCCUCUUCCUCGGUCCCACCGGUGUCGGCAAGUCGGAGCUCACCAAGGCUGUCGCCGAGUUCCUGUUUGCCGACGAGAAGCGUGCCCUCAUCCAGCUCAACAUGUCCGAGUUCCACGACAAGCACACGGUGUCGCGUCUCAUUGGCGCCACCCCUGGCUUUGUCGGUUACGAGGAGGGAGGACAGCUCACCGAGGCUGUUCGCCGCCGCCCAUACUCGGUCGUGGUGUUUGACGAGAUUGAAAAGGCCCACCCUGAUGUGGCCAACAUUCUUCUCCAGAUCCUCGACGAGGGUGUCCUCACCGACGGCCAGGGUCGCCAGGUCAACUUCAAGAACACCAUUGUGGCGCUUACGUCCAACCUCGGCUCUGAGGCGCUGUAUGAGCCCGGAGCGAACAAUGAGGACGGAACCGUCAGCGAAAGUGCCCGUGCGGCCGUCCUCAAGGACGUCGGCCGCUUCUUCAAGCCCGAGCUUAUCAACCGUCUCGACGAGUUGGUCGUGUUCAACAAGCUCCCGCCACACAUCAUCACGGACAUUGUCAACCUUCGCCUAAAGGAGGUGCAGGGCCGCCUGUCGGGCCGCCGUAUCACGCUCGACGUCAGCGAGCCGGCCCGCGAGUGGCUGGCCAAGAAGGGCUGGAGCGACAGGUACGGUGCGCGUGCUGUCCAGCGCGUGAUCCGCGACCAGGUGGCCAACCCGCUCGCCCUCCGCAUGCUCGAGGGUACCGUCAAGGACGGCGAGAUUGUAGAGAUCAAUCUCAAGGACGAUGCGCUGGUCAUCACAGCGCGCCCCGACCCCAACCAGCCCCAGCAGCCGUUGAACGACGACGAGGUCACCCGCGAAGUCAUCGAGGACGCCGGCGAGGUCCCAUAA